AUGGAAAACAUGCAUUUGCGCACUCCAACUCUCAUUCAAUACGCCACAGGAAGGCGACUGCGGGGAGUAAGGAGCGGCGAGGCUGGCUUGAUCCUCUCUUCGGCUGCACAACAACAAGAUGCCAUCGAGAACAGAAACAGCAGCAACGAUGAGGAGGCCCAGGUACUGUUGGAGUUUAGAAAAUGCAUCAAAGCGGAUCCAUCCGGUCUUCUGGACAAGUGGGCUUUGCGGAGGAGCCCAGUUUGCGGCUGGCCUGGAAUCGCAUGCAGACACGGCCGAGUUCGCGCUCUCAAUCUUUCCCGCUUGGGUCUGGAGGGCGUCAUAUCGCCGCAGAUCGCCGCGCUGAGGCACUUGGCUGUGUUGGAUUUGCAGACCAACAAUUUAUCGGGAAGCAUUCCUUCCGAGCUCGGCAACUGCACAUCGCUCCAGGGGCUGUUUCUAGCUUCCAACCUACUCACAGGAGCCAUCCCUCAUUCGCUCGGCAACCUUCAUCGCCUUCGCGGCCUCCAUCUCCACGAGAAUCUGCUGCACGGCUCAAUACCACCUUCGCUCGGGAACUGCUCAUUGCUCACAGAUUUAGAGCUCGCCAAGAAUGGAUUGACAGGACGUAUCCCUGAAGCGCUGGGCCGUCUGGAAAUGCUUCAGAGCUUGUACCUCUUCGAAAACAGGCUAACGGGAAGGAUUCCAGAACAGAUUGGCGGCCUCACACGACUGGAAGAACUCAUACUAUACUCCAACAAGUUGAGCGGAAGCAUACCACCUUCAUUUGGCCAGCUUCGAAGGUUGAGACUUCUCUACCUCUACGCCAACGAGCUGGAAGGAUCCAUACCACCGGUUUUGUCAAAUUGCUCCCAGCUUGAAGAUGUGGAGCUCUCUCAAAACCGGCUAACCGGCAGCAUACCGACCGAGCUCGGCUCCUUGAAGAAGUUGGCCUUCUUAUCCAUUUUCGAGACCAAUCUCACUGGUUCCAUUCCCGAUGAGCUCGGCCACCUGGAGGAACUCACCGAACUUCUGCUGUACUCGAACAGGCUAACCGGCAGCUUGCCUCAGUCACUGGGGAGAUUGACGAAGCUCACCACCUUGUUCUUGUAUGACAACAAUCUCACUGGGGAAUUGCCGGCUUCGCUUGGGAACUGCAGCCUGCUAGUGGAUGUAGAGCUGCAGAUGAAUAACUUCUCUGGAGGCUUACCACCUUCGCUUGCUUUUCUCGGGGAACUUCAAGUGUUUCGGAUAAUGAGCAACCGGUUAUCGGGUCCGUUUCCUUCGGCUCUCACGAACUGUACGCAGCUCAAGGUCCUGGAUUUGGGGGAUAAUCACUUCUCGGGUAAAGUUCCUGAAGAAAUCGGCAGCUUGGUCCGACUACAACAACUCCAGCUGUACGAGAAUGAAUUCAGCGGCCCAAUUCCAUCGAGUCUUGGCACACUUACGGAGCUGUAUCACUUGGCUAUGUCUUACAACAGGCUCAGCGGCAGCAUUCCUGAUAGCUUUGCCUCUCUGGCGAGCAUCCAGGGGAUUUACUUGCACGGGAAUUAUCUCUCAGGGGAGGUUCCGUUUGCGGCUCUCAGGAGGUGUUCGCAUUUGGAGGUGCUCGUGCUGUCUUAUAACAAGUUGGAAGGAUUUCUAUCGGAAGAGCUUGGUGAUAUGCACAGCCUGACCGGCUUGAGACUGGACGAAAAUAAGUUUCGAGGAAAAAUUCCCGCGAGCGUGGGCAGGCUUACCAAACUUCAGCUGUUUAACCUCUCGAACAACAUGCUCUCAGGUCUCUUACCCGCAGGUCUUGGAAAUUUGCACGAUUUGCAGGUUAGCUUCGAUUUGUCUCACAAUUCCUUGGCUGGCCCAAUCCCGUCCUGGAUCAAGAACAUGGACAAGGUGCUCUCAAUAUCUCUUGCAUCAAACUCCCUCUCAGGAGAAAUUCCAAGCAGCAUUGCUGACUGCAAAGGCCUGCAAAGCUUGGAUCUUUCUUCUAACAGGUUGGUCGGUCAGAUACCCGAAGGACUUGGUACGCUCAAGUCGCUUGUGACUUUGGAUCUUUCUUCUAACAACUUAACGGGCAGAAUACCGAAGUCGCUGGCAACUCUGUCGGGUUUGAGCUCCCUCAACGUCUCCAUGAACAAUCUUCAAGGACCUGUCCCGCAGGAAGGUGUUUUUCUCAAGCUCAACUUGAGCUCUUUGGGUGGGAAUCCAGGUUUGUGCGGCGAGCUUGUGAAGAAAGCAUGCCAGGAGGAGUCGUCAGCAGCUGCAGCUUCAAAGCACAGGUCUAUGGGGAAAGUGGGUGCUACAUUAGUGAUUUCUGCUGCAAUUUUCAUUCUAGUGGCAGCUUUGGGUUGCUGGUUCCUCUUGGAUCGCUGGAGGAUCAAGCAACUUGAAGUCACUGGCAGCAGAAUGACUUUUUCUCCUGCAGGUCUCAAAGCCUACACGGCCUUUGAGCUGUCAGCAAUGACUGAUUGCUUCAGCGAGGCGAACCUUCUGGGAGCAGGCGGAUUCAGCAAGGUCUACAAGGGAACCAACGCACUCAACGGCGAGACAGUCGCAGUCAAAGUGCUGAGUUCAAGCUGCGCUGACUUGAAGAGCUUCGUUUCCGAAGUCAACAUGCUGGAUGUGCUGAAGCACAGGAACCUCGUCAAAGUCCUGGGUUACUGCUGGACGUGGGAGGUCAAAGCUCUCGUCCUGGAAUUCAUGCCUAACGGAUCGCUGGCCAGCUUUGCAGCGAGAAAUAGCCACCGAUUGGAUUGGAAAAUAAGACUUACGAUAGCUGAAGGUAUUGCACAGGGACUGUAUUACAUGCACAACCAGCUCAAAGACCCUGUUAUUCACUGCGACUUGAAGCCAGGAAAUGUUCUUUUAGAUGCAGGCUUAAGUCCCCACGUUGCAGACUUUGGCCUUUCCAAGUUGGUCCAUGGCGAGAAUGGUGAAACUUCUGUGAGUGCUUUCAAAGGAACCAUUGGUUAUGCUCCACCAGAAUAUGGAACUUCGUACCGAGUUUCCACCAAAGGCGAUGUCUACAGCUAUGGAGUGGUGCUUUUGGAGCUCCUAACAGGUGUGGCUCCAAGCAGUGAGUGUCUCCGAGUGAGGGGCCAAACUCUGCGUGAGUGGAUUCUAGAUGAAGGAAGAGAGGAUCUCUGCCAAGUGCUUGAUCCAGCAUUGGCUCUUGUUGAUACUGAUCAUGGUGUAGAGAUUCGGAACCUGGUGCAGGUGGGUCUUCUGUGCACAGCAUACAACCCCAGCCAGCGUCCGAGCAUCAAGGACGUGGUUGCAAUGCUAGAGCAGCUCAACCAAUAGUUCAACAACACGAGAUUUUGCAAUAUCCUAUACACUGUAUAAUGCUCGAGCUCUUGAAUUCAAAGUCUAAUGCUACUUA